ACUUAUUCAGUGGAGAUCAUUCCAACACUACAGGACAAAUUUUUCAUGGAAGGAUAUUUCUCAUGCAAGGUAAGACCAAUGGAGGGAAGACUAGUUUUACUUGAAAGGGGUGAUGAGGAGGAGAUGAAAGAUUUGGUGGAAUUAGCACCGGAAUGGUUGGGGCAAUGGUUUGAGGAUAUAAAACCAUGGAACCCAACAAUAGUUGCAAGAGAAAGGUUUGUAUGGCUAAGAUGCCAAGGCGUCCCAGCCCAUGCUUGGGGACCUGAAUCCUUUGCCACAAUCGGGAAUGUGUGGGGGAAAUUUAUAUCCACAAAUGAUAGCACUAGCAAAAAGAAAAGAUUUGAUAUUGGGAAAAUUCUGAUAUCCACCCUUGUUAUGGAGUUCAUUUCAAAAUCAAUGAACAUAAGAGUGAAUGACGUGCCAUUUUUUAUCAAAGUAAUGGAGGAAAAGGCAACUAAUGGCAUCUUCUCCAUGACAUCUGACCAUGCAUUCAAAGAGUCAACUGAUGCAAAAGCUAGCAAUUCAAAAAUGUGGUCCUUGUACAGUGAUAUCGAUGGCGCCAUUGACGAGUCUGUUCAAGGUGGUGGUUGCUCCAGGCAUUCCUUCAAAUGUGCAGAUGGGAAGGUGGAAGAUGAUGACAAGGAAAGAAAAGCCAACGUGGAGAGCAAGAAUGAAAUGGUAGAUGACGUGGAAUCUGAGAAUGGGCGAGAGCGAGAAAAAAGUCAACUUGGUAGCCAAGGGAAGAAGGCAACGGCUAGACAAAAGAUUUUUGAAUUUGAAAAUGUGGAAAACAGCUUGAUAAGUGUUGAAGAAUCCAUCAAACAAUCAGAUAAUGAAUGUAUUGCUGUAGGCAUCGGGAAUACUCAAGGACUUCUUAUCAACACCCAAGGGGAGACGGCGGAGGAGGCCACAAAAUUGGGAUCGAGAGCAGCAAAAAAGAAGAAAGUCGGUAAAGUUAAAAGUGCUAGAGUGGAGAGAGAAAAGACAGAUGAUAUGUGUGACAAGGAAGGGGAGAAACAAAGAGGUGAUGGAAGCUUCGUUGGAGUGGAAAUUCACAGUGAGGAACAAGCCUUUUGGCAAGGGAGAGAGGAAUGCCCAGGGAUAGAGACGAAACAGAGCAAAUCAAAAAAAGCCCAAGAAAUAGAGGAUAGGAUGCCGAAGUUCAGUCUAGAUCCCCAAAACCAGGCAGCGGAGGAUUCAAUCACAGAUAGCGGCAUUGAAAAUAGAAAUAGAUGCUUGGGAUCUGAGGCAAAAAGUGGCACUGGAGAACAGAUCUCGGGGUUUGCAAAGAUAAUUAGAGUUGUGGAUCGAGGUAAUGAGGAUGACGUCCUGCGAAGACUUGAAGCCAUGGAGGAGCGGGACAAGGAGACAGGAGUAGGAAAGGAAGGUAAGAAAAGAGGGGUGAGGGAACUAGUUGCUCGGGAGAAGGUAAAGUUCUUAAUAGUACAAGAAUCCAAGGUAAAGGGCGUUGAUACUCAACUUUGCAGAGCUCUAUGGGGAUCAGAUAACUUUGAAUGGGUUGCUCAACCCUCAAAAGGGGACGCUAAUACAAAAUUUUUCCACAGAUGUGUGAAAGGACGAAGAAGCAGGAAUGACAUAGUGAGUAUUAUGGUGGGUAGUGAGCGGUUGGAGGAAGUAAAGGAACUUAAAGAAGGUGUGGCAAGGAACUUCGAAAGCUUGUUCCAAGAGGAAGAGUGGCAGCGCCCAGUGCUAAAUGGAAUUGAAUUUAAGAAGAUUUUAGCAGAGGAGGGGUCAAUGUUGGAAGCACCGUUCAAAGAGGAAGAGGUUAAACAAGCAGUGUGGAGUUGUGAGAGUUCAAAGGCACCGGGGCUUGAUGGGUUUAACUUCAAAUUCAUCAAGGAAAUGUAGGAGGUCAUCAAAGGGGAUAUAUUGGGGUUUGUUGACGAUUUCCAAAAGCAUGGAAAAUUGGUCAAAAGGGUUAAUAGCAGCUUCAUUAUAUUAAUACCCAAAGUCGACAACCCACAAAAAUAGAAGAAUUUAGACCCA